AUGACUUCGAAAGAAAAGGAGCAUAAUUUAAAUAAAAAAACGAAAAAUUCAGAAAUUGAAUUUUAUACCCCUAAAUCUAAUCUUUCCAUUGGUAGUGUAAAUAGAAAUGUUGCUAUUAAUAAUUUAUAUAAAUAUGUUAACAAAACCAAAAAAAUAAGUAAUAAUAAAAUAAAAAAAAGGUUUAAUGGCAGGAAUAAUUAUAUAAGCAUUGAUCAAUCGAAUAUAAAAUUGUCUAGCAUUUUUAGUUUAAAAGAAAAAAAUAAAAAAGCUGAAAUUAAUAAAGAUAAAUUUUUAAUCGAAUUUAGUAAAAGCGAUACAGUGUCUGAUAAAAAUUAUAUUCCUAUAAAUAAUAAUGUUAAGACCAAAAUAUAUGCUAUAAAAAAAAGUGAUAAGCAAUUAAAUAAUAAAAAGCGAAUUUUUUUUGAGCAUACAGAAAAUAUUUUAAGAUAUUUUAAAAACGUCAAUAGCACAAAAAGUGUAGAUAAGAUUCAAGAAACAAAUUGCGAACAAAAUAAACAUGAUGUUGAAAUUUCAAAAACAAGCAAAGAACAGAAUAAUGUAAUAAACAAUAAUACAGUAUAUAACACAUAUAGUAAAGAUGAUGAAAAAGAAAAAAUAGAAAAUAUAAAAAACAAAGAGACAAUAAGAGUUAUUAAUAAUAAUCAAAUUCCAUAUUUAGACAAAGUAUGUGAUUAUUCAAAAACAGCAAAAUGUGAGAAUUAUGAAAGUAGUAAUAUAUUAGACUUUGAAAAAGAUAAAAUAAAAAAUGAGAACCUACAAGAUGAUAACCACAAUGAUGUAUAUUAUGCAUUUUUAGAAACUAUGUAUAUAUAUUCUCAAAAAUAUUUUUUAUAUAAUAAAAUGGAAUACAUUAGUAAGAUAUUAUUCUACAAGCAACCUAAUUUAAAAAACUUUAUUUAUUUAAUCGAAUCAUUGUUCUUAAAAAAAAAAUAUGUUGAGCUAUUGAAUUUGCUACGUAUACAUAAAAGAUUAUGGGUAUUCCCAUGUCCAGAAAAAGACACAAACAAAAAUUAUAAUAAAAUAAAUAAAAAAAAAGGAGGUCGUAAUAAGCAUUGUAACGAUAUUCAUCAAGCAUUUAUGCAUUCGAAUAGUUCUAUUAAGAAAAUAUAUGAUUGCACAAACAUUAUAAAUAUUUCCGAUGAUAGCUAUAUUAAUGUAACGGGCGAUAAGCAAUUUUUAUGUAAAAAUUUCCAAAAAAUUAAAUGCAUAAAUUACAUAGCUUAUAUAAAAAUAAAAUCUCUACUAGAAAUAAAAAACAAAAAUUGUUUAAAUAAGGGUAUAAUGUUUAUAAAUAAGCUCAAUAAAAAAAAAUUGAUAAAGAAUAGUUGCUAUUAUUUAUUGCAAGUAAUUAUUGAUUUAUAUGAACUAAAAGGUUUAUAUAAUCACUCUUUAAAAUAUUCUAUUUUAUUAUUUUUAAAAUGCCCAAUAUAUCCCCAAAUCAUUCUUAAAUUAUUUGGGCUGUCUUUAUUAUCUUUAAAGGAUGAGAUAUACUUAAUUUUACUAGCCAAAUGUAGCAAAAAAGUAAAAUGGCUAAAAUACUUUCUCUUGUUUAUUUUAUACUCUGUUAAGUACCAAUUUCACAAUAGUAAAGUUUUUUAUCACUUUCUUUUCCUUAUUGAAAGUGUAACAAAAGCAAAACAUAAAAAUAAAAAAAUAUGUAAAAAUAAAUGUAAAAGUAGUUGCAGAAUGUCAGCAAAUGCCAUUAAUUAUGAUACCAAAUUAAAUAGAAUUAAUACAUCGAAUAGCAAUGCAUAUGAGAAUAGACAUCGAAUUAUUGAAAACCAUAGAUCUAUAAAUACAUAUAAUAGUAAUAAUAUAAGAACAAUACUAGAAAAAAAUUGCAGCAACGACGACGAAAAUAAUCAAAUAGAUAAUUGUUAUAUUUUAAGUAAUACGAUUCAGAAAACGAACCAAUACAAAGAGUAUAUAGAACAAAAUAAGUGUGAAAAAAAUAUGAGUGACCUUGAGAAACAAUAUUUUAAAGUAUCAAAUAUUUUUAAUGAAACUGAUAUGUUUCAUACAAAAAAUUAUCCUAACAUUUUAAUUUUUAAAAAAGUGAUUUUAUACAAUUCAAUAUAUAAUAAAAUAACACUUUAUGAUAUUUAUAUAUAUUUAACAAAAAAUAUAUUCUCUAAAUAUUUUCCAAGGGUAUUUUUAUAUUCAAAAAUAUAUAUUAUAAUAAAUAUAAAAAGAAGUUUUUAUGAGCGUAAUUAUUCUAUGUGCUAUAGCUUAUGUAAGUUGUUGUUAAUGGAUCAGAUAUAUGACUCUUGCGUAAUAACCUUUUUUGUCAAUUCGGCUUAUUUGCUAAAUAAAAUUAGCUGUAUUAAAAAAUUGGCUAUGGAACUAAAAAAAAUAAAUAAAUAUAUUUAUUUUUUAUUUUGCAAUGCGUCUUUACUAUUACAUUUUAAUAAAAUAGAAAGAUCUAUACAAAUAUACAAAUAUAUUAUUGAUACUUAUUCAAAUAUAUUUUCGGAUUUAUAUUUUUAUUCCUUGUCUAAUUUAAUAUACUCCUUGCAGUUAACUCAAAAAGCUCAUCAAAUUAUAAUUUAUUGUAAAAAUCUUAAUAAACUAUUUUUUAAUAAUAUUCAUUCAUAUAUAUUAUUGUCAUAUUAUUAUUUUGUGAAUAAUAUCCCCAAUAAAACUUUUAAUUCGCUAUUCAAGGCUUAUAGAUUAUACAACUAUCACCCUGAUAUAUAUUAUAUUCUAUCUUUGCUGUCUUUGAGUUACAAGAAGUAUGAUAUAUGCAAAACGUAUUCUUUAGGCACCUCUAUCAAUUAG